UUUCAGAUUUAUUCUGAAAAUUGGAUUGGGAAGGUUUGGAGUUGAUUGUGAGACGAACUGAACCUUUGUAACAUUUCACCGCAGUAUGGCUAGGUACUCAGGGAAAACAUGUCGUCUAUUGACCAUGCUGUCCAUGACAGCCUCAUUCUUCCUGGUGGAGAUCAUUGUAGGCUACAUCACAAACUCCAUUGCUUUGGUAGCUGAUUCUUUUCACAUGCUGUCUGAUGUUGUGGCACUCAUUGUAGGCUUUGCCUCCGUUAGGAUUUCAAAAUGGCAAACUGAGAAAAAUACAUUUGGUUGGAUCCGAGCUGAAGUUCUUGGAGCUUUAGUGAAUGCAGUCUUCCUUGUGGCUCUUUGUUUUUCCAUCUUGGUGGAAGCUCUGAAGCGAUUGGUGGAAUUUGAAGAAGUUAACAAUCCUAAGCUUCUUCUAAUUGUGGGCGGGGCUGGACUUGUUGUCAACAUCAUUGGAUUGUGUCUCUUUCAUGAUCAUGGUCACAGUCAUGGAGGAGGAGGGGGUCACGGUCACAGCCAUGGAGGAGGUCAUGGUCACAGUCAUGGGGGUGAAACUGAGAAAUUGGAGGCAUGUGAUCAUGAAGAAAGCAAGGAAUUGGUCGAGAGGGGGACAAAAGAAGUGACCACAACCAAUGGAAUUGUCAAGCUGGAGCUAGAUAACCCCAAAGUUGAUAUUGAGAUGAAGAAGAAACUGUCCUCCAGUUCCCAACUAAACAUGAGGGGGGUAUUUCUACAUGUCUUGGGGGAUGCGUUGGGGUCUGUCAUUGUGAUAAUCAGUGCCCUUAUCAUCUGGUUGUGCGAGGGAGACUGGAGAUUCUAUGUAGACCCAGCCAUGAGCAUAAUGAUGGUGAUGAUUAUACUAGGAACAACAGCUCCACUUUUGAAGGAAUCAGGUUUUAUUUUGCUACAGACUGUUCCAUCGCAUAUAAAUCUUGAUGGAAUUAAAGAAAAAUUAUCAAAGGUUGAAGGGGUACUAGCGGUUCAUGAGUUCCAUGUAUGGCAGUUAGCGGGCAGUAGGAUCAUAGCCUCUGCUCAUAUAACAUGUAAAGAUUUACAGGAUUACUUCACUAUAUCAGAGACAGUUAAGGAGAUUUUCCAUAAUGAAGGAAUCCAUUCCACUACCAUCCAACCAGAGUUUCUACAGAAUCCACUAGAAAAUGGCUUAGGAAGACAGAUAUCUGAGAGGGACUGUAUUCUAGAAUGUGGACCAGAUAAGAAUUGUUACACAGACACGUGUUGUGGGCAGAAAAGACAGGACUCUAAAAAGGGUAAAAACUGUGAAGGGCUGACACGGGAGGGGAGUGAAAAGGGAAUGAAGAGAAGCAAGUCUGAGCCUAGAACUGCACCUGUAGAGGAAGUCUAGUGCUAGAAGGUUUCAUGGACUCGCAGUGUCAGAGGCACAUCAGGGAUGAUAUUCCAAAACUGUAACUUUUUUUGUGAUUGUUAUGUGAUAUGUUUUACACAAAAUUAUUGUUUUGGUGCAAUAAGGUUUAAAGCAUUUUCAUAUUCAUUGCCCGGGGCUUUAAUAGGGAUGUCAUCUUGCCAGUGUUGAAAAGUGAAUUAUGGUUUUAGGGUGUUUGCUCAAUGUGUAUAGGUGAGCAUUCUUAAAUCAUGAUCAAUUUUUCGGUGUGAAAGUCUAUUUCUGAAUGUCCUGUGUAUUUUAUCAUUGCAAUGUUAUACACACCCGUCAGGGCUCAUUGUCCUCAAAAACGUGUCUAAAAACUAACCUAUUUAUUAUUUUUUUAUUACUGCUAAUAGUUGAAAGUCUUCAGUUUAUUUCAAAGUGAGAUUGCAGUGUCAUUGGUCUUUGGAGGUACAGGGAUUAUAUAUAUUUUUAAUACUGUGUAUUAGGCUUUAAUACUAUGCUUUAGCAUCUCAUCUUUUUAACUUGAUAAUCACAUUGCCAACAAUAGAAAUCCGUGUAAUAUUGCUUUAACAUUCUUCUCAAACAUAAUUUUAAGCAGAGAGGUUGUAUACAAUGAUGUGCAUUGAGAUGAUAAAAUUUUCCAUUUGAAUGGAACAUUUUGAGCUUUGUUUUGAACUUUGGUUGUUAAAUAAUGAUGCUCCCAUUUCUUCAGAAAGGAGAAAGCUUUAAAUGUUAAAUAAUGAUGCCUCCCAUUUCUUCAGAAAGGAGAAGGCUUUUAAAGUUCUUAUAAAUUUGUUAAAUGUUUCAACUCACAUUAAUAAUUUAUAAAAUGAAUAGCAUCAAAUAUGUAGGUACAGAAGAGUUAUCCCUUGUGCAUCUUGGUCUUCUUUGAAACUUUUUUAUACCUAUAAAGACAAAUAAACCUAUAUAAGCUAUGGCAGAAAAAAGCACAUAGGGGCGAGGGGGUGGGGGAAAACCAGUCUAUUUUGAGAGAGAGCCCAUAAAUCAAUACCUGUAAAAUAGGUAUUCUAUUAUUAAAAUGGUCAGUCAGCUUGACAGUCUCCAUAAACAAUGGGUAUAAACACAUGUUCAAUUGAUACAUGUGAUAACUUCAAAAACAUGAUAAAUGUACAUAUUCAUUGCAAUAUGUGAGUUUUACAGGAGUGGAGAGUCUCUCUCUCUCUUCUAACUUCUUAAAAUCCCCAUAUCAGCAAAAUGUGCAUUGCUAGUUGCAGAGAGUCAGAUGUCUUAAAACUGCUUUCUUUUUUUCCUGAAAUUUGUAACAAUGUUCUAUAAGAAAAAAAAAAUUUACCACUUCAGUGUGCAUCAUUGUACCAUAUUUUAUUCCUUGUUCUUGUGUAGAACAGUAUUUUUGUCAUUUUCACCAAUAUUUUUGUGAUAAAAUUUUGAACAAAAUGGAUAUGUGAAGAAUUAAUACCUCAUUUAAAUGGACAAAAAAAUUCUGAUCAAAUUCUUUAACUACAUGUAUGUAAAGUAUAAAACCUCUACUUUUUGUCUUAUGAUCUGUUUCAAGCAGAUUAUUUAGGAGACAGUAUACUUUCGAGUCAAGUGUACAUAUUGAGUGGGGUAUGUGGAAAUCAAUUUGUAUGUGAAGAAAUUCCACAUUUUUUCGGUAUCUUUAAAAAGGCUUAUCCAAUGUAUUUUUUAUGUGACUGCGAUUCUUGGCCGGUUCACACUAGGGUCAAGUAAACAGGGAUCAGCUUGACUUGCACUUAUCUGUAAAUCAAGGUCAUGUCCAUACAGCAAUGUUCUCAAGGGUUUUCUUAUCCCACACUGGUGGUGAUUAAGUGUAACCAAGUUUGAUUAUGAUGUGUGUUUAACUCAUGUUAACCAUUAUGUGGACUGGUACUCUGUUAUUUCUGGUUAUUCAGUCAUAAUUUUUUACACAGAAUAAAUUGAUACCCCUUACAUAGUAAUAUAAUCAAAAAAAUUAAAAUAUUUGCAUGUCAUGUAUUGAUAAGGUAGUAUAAAUUUGUGCAUUUUCUGGUAUGUAAGAAGAGAGAUAUUUGAUUUUCAUGCAGUCAAGAUUUAUAUUUAGGUACAUGUUAUCAGAAGAAAAUAGAUCUAUAAUCAUUCCUUGCCAAAAUCCAUUGAUAAGUAUUCCUUAUUUAAUUUAUUUAUUGCUUCAAAAAUCAGUUUCAAUUAAAUACACACAAAUCAUGUCCAUUAAACUAGGAGGCAUACACUAAUUUCAGGCUAUGACAGAGUAGAGUUUUAUUUACUUGUAAGUGUAUUUAACAAUACCUGUUUAUGUUGAUUUAUAUACAUCUGUUAUACAACAUACAAAUAACCUCAUUAUUAUAAUUACUUUGUUUUUUUAAUCAAAAGAUGCUUUUGCAUAUUUAUUAAAUAUACUUUGCAUAUGGAAAAGGACACAAAACAUCUGAAUGAUAUUUUUAACUAACAACUUGACACAAAACAUUUGAAUGAUAUUUUAACUACCAACUU